CCGGUUUCAGUUUCACUUUGGAGUAGAAUUGUUCAAAGACAGUCUUCAGGAUGGACAGUGAAGAUAAACUUCAGAUACAGAAGAAAGAUCAGAAGAAGUCACCAGACAGAAUAAAGAGGCCUCCCAUUCUCUCUCCAUUGAAGCGUCCACCAUCCCUGAGAUUAGUAUCACCAUUUGAUAGUGAUCAAGAACUGAAUGACCUUGAAGUAGCUUCAGUUUUAGCUGAUGAGUACUCAGAAGAUGAUUCUUGUAUAUCACCGACAAAGAAAGCAGCAGAUGCAUCCAGGCCAACUACAGUAAUGACUAAUUUACAGAGAGGCAAUGUGCAGACAACUACUCCAUUACCUAGAUAUUUAAACUUCCACCAGAUGGCAGCACAGGGGGAAAUAAAACUGUUACAGCAAGAGAUAAGUGAUGGAGCAGAUGUUAACAGGUGUGAUGAUAUUGGUGGGUUGACAGCUUUAUUGUGGGCUGCAGCUUAUGGUCAACUGACCACUAUAGAAUUCCUAUUAGAGCAAGAUGGCGACCUGAAUGCUGUAGGAGGUAAUGGUGAGAACUGUCUCCUGUUAGCCAGUGCUGGAGGAUAUAAAGAUAUUGUGAGGAUGUGCCUGCAGAAAGGACAACAUGUUAAUUAUGUUGACGAGACAGGAAGCACAUCUCUGAUGUAUGCUGCCUACAGGAAUCACCCAGGUGUUGUUCAAGUUCUGUUAGAGCAUGGUGCUGAUAUGACCAUACAAAAUGAGGAUGAAAUGACAGCUAUGGAUCUGGCAGUAGGGCAGGGUAAUACAGCAGUUAGACAGACUAUAGACAAACAUAUGUUGUCAUUAUUUGGAGAAUGACAGACAUUAGAUAAUAUCUAUGUUCUUACACUGUCCACACACAAACUAGGAACAAUUUCUUGGUUAGGAUAAUGGAUGUUAUGAGGAUGAUGACAGUCAGCAAUUACACGCUUACACAGUUACUGGUCCUGAUAAUAUUGACAUGGUUUCAAAAUCAAAGGAAAAUAAAUGAGGAAGUUCAAACAAAA